GGUCGCCCCGCGUUGGGAGCGCUGAGGGGAGAGGCUGUGAGGAGGGGCCCGGCGGGGCGCCCAGGUGCGGGCAGCCACCCCGCUGAGCCCGGAGUGGGCAGGGCAGGGCAGGGCAGGGCAGGGCAGAGCGAGGUGCAGGGUCAGUCCGAACAGCGCCGGCUCCAUCCCCGCGCCUCGCUCGGGGCGGUCGCCGCCCGCUCUCGCCUCUUUCCCUCACGAGGAGGAGGGAGCCCUGUCCUCUGUCCGGGGACCUGCUGAGCUGAAACGAGCCUGGCUCGCUGAGUUUUGACAGAGGAGCAGCUCCAAACGCCCAGCCGUGCGAGCUCCCCGUGGCCGGCAGGAGCCAGCGCCCGGCGGAGCGGGCAUCGGGCGGUGCCACAGCCCUGCUGUGCCAGGGGCUCUCUGAGGGCACCUCCGGCAGCAUCGCCCCUCGGUGUUACCCUCGGGACCGGGAAAGCGUUUGUUCUUAGGUCUCCCUUAAUGUGGUGCACGUCACGUCAGAAAGAUGAGGAAGAUAAUUGUGUCCAGCCAGUCCGUCAGGACUGUGAGCAUUGCACAGCGGUUUGGGACCCAGGACAGAGUAGGAUGUCUAGUGCGCCUCAGUCAACAUUUGUUAUUAUCUCUUGGAAUACACUUUUCUCUUUUAGACUCGUGCUCUAGUUUCUUUUAGCAGCUGUCAUCCAGCGCUGGGAGAAGCGCAGGAGGAAGAGAGCUGUACUUUUGGAAGAUGAAGUUUGUUUGGGGGAUUCAUCCUAAUGCUCUGGCAUAUUCCAUGACUACGUUAGGGGCUGGAAUGAUGAACAGUAUCUUUAAUUUCUACUACGUUAAGCUUUUCCUAAACCGAUACAAAAUUUCAGAAGGAGCCUUUAAUCAAGCCCAGGUCGUGUUUAUGAUCUGGAACGCCAUCAACGAUCCCCUCUUCGGCUACAUCCAAGACAACUCCAAACUGCGGUGCUGCGCCAGACGCCAGUUCUCCAUUCUGUACGGAGCUCCUUUGUACGGGCUGGCCUUCCUGCUCCCUUGGUUUCCCUGGAAGCAGUACGAGGACGGGGACUGGCUCUGUGGUUUCCACCUCGUCGUUGCCUUGUGUGCCUUUGACGGUUUGCUCACCUUCGUGCUCCUGGCGCAGUGUGCGCUCUUUGCCGAGACCUCGACCAGGCACGAGAGCAGGCUCCAGCUCAUCAAGUACAACCAAGUAGCAACGCUAAUUGGAGCCACAAGCAUCCUCUUCUGUGGGCUCAUAUCGGAUAACAUGGAAAACUUUGCCUAUUUCCAGGCUUUCACUGUUUUGAUCGCGGCACUAGCGACAGCUUGUAUGUGUUGCACAGGUAAAUACAGUACCAGCCAGUAUGAGCAGAGAGAAAUUCAUGUGGAGAGUGCUAACCUGGAAAACAGUGAGGGAGCUUUCUCCUUGGCCUCAGUGGUUUCAUUGACCAAACAGAUUAUGACAGAGAAGAACUUUUUAUUUUUUGUCACAAUGAACUUCUUCCAAGUCUUCCACCUGGCCUUCUACAGCAAUUUCAUGAUAAUCUUUGCAGAUAAUCUUAUUCCUACGGAUGUCCUUUCUUCCUCAGUCAGAAGUAUCAUGUAUGGAGCGGGUUUUAUUUGUCCUCAGUGCCUCGUUCUUCUCAGUCAUGCUUCGUUGAAGAAGUUUGGUUAUUACAGAGUCAUCUUGUUUUCCUUUUACUAUGAAGGAGUAGCUGCUGCUGUCAUGUUUUUUCUAGGGCAAGAACACUAUUACCUGUUGGCAUUUUACCUCACAACAAACAUGGUAAUUGUACAAGCCUCCUUUAGUUUGUUCAAUUUGCCUUUGGCAGAUAUUGUUGAUGCAGAUUUAGUAAAGCACAAGCGCAGAUCACCACUUUCCUCUAUGGUUUUUGGUACCAAUGCUUUAUUUACCAAACCUGCCCAAUCUUUGGCUCCAAUGCUUGUGGUUAAAGUACUAAAUCAGUUUGGAUAUAGGAACCUGAAUAAUGUUGAUCAUCCUGAUGCAAGGACAUUUUUAGAUCUCCACGAUGCCAUGUUCAACCUGAUCUGCCUGGUUCCACUUUGCAUUGCAGUCAUGCAGGUCCUGACAUGGGCUCCCUUUUCCAUCCAGAACAGCCACGUGACAGCUGUACACUAA